UCCGCUUCCGGCGGGCGGAAUUGUUGACGCCUGCGGCUGCUGUGGUGGCGAAGCGGGCUAUUGGGGAGGGGCGGCGGGGGCGGGCGACGGCUCCCUGACAGGUCCCGGCGACGGUGCUGCUGAGGCGACGAUGGCAGAGGGCCCGGAGGAAGCCCGCGGCCGCCCUCCCGGGCACCACGACGACGACGGCGGCGGCGGCAGCGGGGACCGCGAGCCCGGCCCAUCCUUGAGAAGCUCGUCCGCCGCCGCCGCCGGGCCGCCGGCCGAGCCCCAGGCCCCGGGCCGGCCGCCCUGCCCGCCCUGCCCGCCCGCCGCCGGCGCCGAGGGGCCUGAGGUGUCACGCGAGCCCGCCAAGCGCGGGGACUCCGCGGAGCGGGAGCGGCCGGCGCGGCUGAGCGCCCGCGAGUACUCGCGGCAGGUGCACGAGUGGCUGUGGCAGUCGUACUGCGGCUACCUCACCUGGCACAGCGGCCUGGCCGCCUUCCCCUACUGCAGCCCCCUGCCGCCGCCGCCGCCGCUGCCGCUGACCACGCCGACCACGCCGACCAGCGCCCCCGCCGCCGCCGCCGCCGCGCCCCCCGCCGCCGCGCCGCCGCCGCCGCCGCCCCCGCCGCUCGGCUACUACCACCCCUUCUACUUCCUGAGCGCCGCGGCGGCCGCGGCGGCCGGGGCCGGGACCGGGACCGAGCCGGGGGCGCCCGCCGGCCUCCCCGCGCCCGCGCCCGCCGCGGGCCUGGGGCCCCGGGCCGCGCCCGUGCCGGGCUCCGUCCGCCCCGCGCCGCUGACGAGGGUCGCGGCCGCCGCCUCUUCGCGCAGCCCGAGCGAGACCGGGCGGCAGGCAGGCAGAGAGUAUGUUAUUCCAUCCUUGGCCCACAGAUUUAUGGCAGAAAUGGUGGAUUUCUUCAUUCUCUUCUUUAUAAAGGCAACCAUUGUCUUAAGCAUUAUGCAUCUCAGUGGAAUAAAGGAUAUCUCUAAGUUUGCUAUGCAUUAUAUAAUAGAAGAAAUAGAUGAAGAUACAUCAAUGGAAGACUUGCAGAAAAUGAUGGUUGUGGCUCUCAUAUACAGAUUACUAGUUUGUUUCUAUGAGAUUAUUUGCAUUUGGGGAGCAGGUGGAGCCACCCCAGGAAAGUUCCUGCUAGGUCUUCGAGUUGUGACAUGUGAUACAUCAGUGCUUAUUGCACCAAGUCGGGUUUUAGUGAUUCCUUCCUCAAAUGUUAGCAUUACAACGUCUACUAUCAGAGCUCUGAUCAAGAAUUUUUCUAUUGCUUCCUUUUUCCCUGCUUUCAUCACACUGCUAUUUUUUCAGCAUAAUCGAACAGCUUAUGACAUUGUAGCAGGAACCAUUGUGGUAAAAAGAAAUGGGGUCAGAUGAUGCCAAAGCUCUGAAUUCCGUGCUCUCUGGAAUAAUGACAAGACUCAAUUAUGUAUUAAGGCCAUCAGUAUCCCUAGGUUACAUUAAUUGAUUUUGAAAUUAAAGCAGUCACUCCAGUGUGAUGCAGGAGGAUAUCCUGAAAGUAUUGAUUUUACUUGAAUGCCAAAGAACUUUUCCAGAAGAAAAACCUGUUAAAUUCAAGUGUUAAAAUUUUUAGAUAAAAAAGAAGGCAACUGGUUUUGUAAUCAACAGUGGACAAUACAUCCUUUCUUAAGAUCUAAGGCAUUAGAACUUGUUGGAAGCAUUUUCAACUUCGAAAUCUCCAAAUGAAACUUCAAAGAUUUAUUUUGGUUUAUCCCAAAAUGAUGGAAAAUGUCCAGUUGUGUUUUGUAAACACAUUAUUAAUCUUUUACUUAACAGUUUUUGGAGAAACUGUCUUUGCUUAUGUGGGGGGUUGGGGAAUAAGGACACAGAUUUGAUAAUCUUCCAGCCCAGGUGUGAUGAGUUAGCUGCAAGAUAAAGGGAUGAGAGAGGAAAGCCUGGCAGUUCCCUUACCUGAAGUUUUUAUAUCUAUACUGCAGUAUAUGUGGGAAUGAUAAACUUUACAACUAUUCUUAAAGCUUAAAAAAUGUAACUUGGGGCAAGUUUUGCAUGACAAUGGAAAAGUACUGUCAUACUGCUCUAUUACCAUUGAUUUUCUUUUAGAGAAAAGGUAAGUUAGUGAUUGCCUUUAAUGGGGGGAAAGCAAACAUUCACUGUAAAUUUAACUUAAAAUUCAUGUUGCAAGUGUUUCCAGUGCCCUAAAUCAAACUAUAGAUAUGUGGGGGGAAAUUACAUCGAACUGUUGUGUAUUUACUGUAAAACUAAAUUCUCGGUAUGUGUGUGGCAUGAAAAAAGUAUUAGUGCGUUUCAGUGUUCUGAAGAUAACUCCUGUAUACACAGGAUAGUGACAUACUAUUUUCUUUUUAUACUUUAUACAGUUGCAUAACAUUUGAAAUUAAGGCAUUAAGUAAUCCUAAAAUUUCUUGAUUAAAUGCUAGUAGCCUUGAAAUGUUGGCAAUUUUCCCAUUGCGCAUUCAGACAUUAUUCUAAGGUGUUUGGUUCUGUGGACACUUCGGGUCUGCCAGGGAUGAUGAAUUGAAGGAAAUAUUAAGCAGAGUAACACUAUGCAUUGCAUUUUAUUUUUUAGAUGAAUCAGAGCGGAGUAUUUAUGCACACUUCAGUUAGAUGGCCCAGUUAGUUUUGUACUAAAAGUUUGAUUUCUUAAACAAACACUAAUCUGUAUUGGACAGUUCAUUAGAUUGCUUAAUAAUCAACGUAGAUCUUAUUUUUUUUAUCUUAAGUUUAAUAACUAAUGCAAGACAUGCUAUCAUUUUCCUAAGUGGGUUUUUCUUUGACAUUUUAAAUUAUGAAAAUAUUUGCAGUUGACAUUUAUAACAUUGGCCUUACUAAUACCUUUUUAUUGUAAAAUUCCAUAAACCAUGUGUAUCAAAAUAACUAUAUUAAAACCACAUCACAGAGAGUCUGUUGUUUGUCAAAGUACUGAACAGAUCAGUCAUUUGCAGCCUCAGGGAAGAUAAAAAGUGUUACAGCCCUUCAAAUAGGGACAGUAGCCUGUAACUUUUUUUUAUUAGAGUAGAAAUUAGAAAAUAUUUAGAUUUACCACUUAAUGGUAUAUGUAGUACUUUUGCCACUGAUUUGGGAAUACAAACUGAAAUAUCCUUUUGUCAUGGAGCUCUGGAAUAUAGCUUUGUUUAACUUCCUCAGAUAAUUGGAUGACUUCAAAACAAAAAUAAACAAGUAUUGUUAUGUAAAAUAUUAGGUAUGUGUUACUCAUUUAGAUUCUACUCAUUUUGGAACCAUAUAUAUCCAUCUCAGGAUUCAAGUAGAUUAUGUAUCCCUGUGAAAUAUAAGUAUUAUUCUUUUGUCUUACAACAGAAUUGAAGUUUAUUUCCAUUUGUGAAUCAGCACUUAUGGAGAGUUUGAGCCACAGAUUGUGGGGCAAAAUGACAAAACAGUAGAGAAGGAGUACGGUACCUCUUUCUGUUGGGUUCUGGAGGGAGAAUCGAAUGCUAAGUAUAUUUUAUUUGCAAAAUGGCUGUUCCUGUAAAACAGUUGUCAUGCUAAAACUCUAGGGCAGAAAAAAUGUUGUCUUCAUUGUACAUGCACUACUCAUAUAUAUUGUUAGAGUCAAGAUGAGUGAGAAAAACGUUUCAGUGAAAUGCCACAGAACUUGCUUCUAGAAAAAUCUUAACAUAUUUACUAAAAAGUAGCCAGCUGGCUACUACACCUUGAAAAUAGGCUUGUGAAUGUUCACGGUGGGCCAUAUAGAUGAGUGAUGAGCAAGUAAACAAACCUUGUUAAGACGAAUCUGCAACUAGAAAUGAAGCCAACAUUUUCUGAUACUAAACCUUUCGAUUAUUACUCAACAUAUUUGGCACUGAAUUCUAAAUCAGAUAUCUGAGUUUCAUCCAUAUAGUAAGGAUUUUAAAAAAUCUGUAUUUGUGAACUGACCUUACCUGACUGUAAGAAUGAUUGUCUUUAAACUUUCAUUUUUUUACUGAUUACAAAUUAAACAUUACUUUGUUUUUUGGG